CCCAGAAUGGGAAAGAGACUCCCAGCGGGAUUUCGGCAGAGCCUAUCAGGGACGUUUGGGUAUUUGUACUGCAGAGCUGGCAGCCAUGCUGUUUCUAAGGCAACCCAAAGCAUACCCUUGUUGGUCUUGUAAUAAGAACAGAGUGUGAAACAGAAAGACAGACCUGGUCUGACAGCAUGGGCUAUGACGUGGAGCGUUUCGUGGGCUACGUGAACGAAGGCUUGCUGUGCUGUGUGUGUCGAGACGUGUUGGAAGACCCUCUGCAGGCUCCAUGUGAGCAUGCUUUCUGCAAUACCUGCAUUCAUGCUUGGCUCGUGAACCAUCAGAACUGCCCUGAGGAUCGGCUUCCCCUUAGCAUCAGUAACCUGCGGCCCCUCUAUAGAUAUAUGCGAAAUGACUUGGCACGGCUCCAAGUAAAGUGCAUUUAUCGCUCACAAGGAUGUGAGGUCAUCUGUGCAUUGGAGUCCAUACAUCGGCAUGAGGAACAGUGUGACUUUGCUCUGUUCAAUUGUAGCAAUGCUGGUGAGGAGUACUUGUGUUACCGCUGUGAUUGUCCAGUGCAAGUGUCUCAGCAUUCUCUGGAAGCACACCUGUGUGUUUGUGAGUACCGCAGCAGAGUGUGUGCAAAUGGGUGUGGAUACACACUAUCAAAGGCCAACGAGGCUCAACACAACUGCAUCUCUGAACUCCGAGCUGAGCUGGACAUGCUGAGGACUGAAUUGAAUUGUAAGGUUGAGGAAGUGAGACGUGAGAUGGAGUCCCGACUGACUUCUCAGAGAAGGCACAUGGUACAAAAAGAGAACCUGCUGAAAAACGAGGUGGAUGAGCUCAAGGGCCAACUGUCCCGUGUGGUGUCGGACGUGUGUGCUUUAUUAGGAGCAGAGCGAACUCGCAGGCAGGAGCUAGAGAAGGCGGAGCUUGAGAAAGCCGAGCUUCUGGAACGUCUGAAGCAUAAGGUUCUUAAACCAGGCACGGCUGCUCAGACGGUGAUGCGUUAUGACGAGGAGCACCGUAAGCAAAACCCACACAGCCUAACGUUAGACUGCCACAAGAAGAAGAGCAGAGAUGUCACGGUUCUCUGAAAACCAACACAGGGUCUGUUAACUGCCAAAUCCUACUGGUGCAGAUCCAUGCUGCUAAUGAACUACAGAUCAACACUUUUAUAGCAUUUUACCACAAAAAUAUAAGAUGUUUAUUAUACGAGCAGUUUUAUAAAUGUCUAAAGAUUUUCAAAUAAAUAUUAAAUGAU